ACGCAGAGAGCAACCUUGGCAGUGAAGACUCCAACCUGUCUGGUAGCAGCCUGCGGGACGUCGCUGCAUCUUCCGUCACUGGGUCUUCUGCCAAAAAGGACCUCCCUCUUUCAUCCUCUGUGGCAGUGUCACAGCCAUCAAGGACAUCACGGCGCAAGCCAGCUGCCCCCCAGUGGGUGAAUCCUGAGUGGCAGGAUGCCACUGGUCAUGGGGAGGACCACAAGGACAAGGGUGGCGACCAGGAAGUCAUUAUAAAUGGGGUGUGUGUUAUGCAGACCGAUGAUUACGGGAUGAAGUUAUCCAAGGAUGAGGAAACUGUCCGUGUGGAGCCAACACCUGUCCUUGACAGGUACGAUGAGGAUGAUGAUGAGGACCAAUGCAGUGAGGCCUCAUCGACGACAGGAGCAGACCGUGGAGGCAGCGAAGUGGCAACGACGAAUAGGCCUCCGUCAGCAUCGGCUUCUGACACAGGGAUUCCGGCACCUGCUAUAGUUCAGGAUGGUGACGAUGGUGAUGAAGAGCCCGAGCAGAGGAGCAUCAAGUCAGAGCCACGUUCCCCGACUGUCGCGCCUGAUGAUGCUGGUCCACUGCCAGAAGCUGCAGUCGUGCGUGAAGAAGAGGCUGUGGGUGAACAUUCCGUCACUGAUGGGUGGCAGUCUGAAGCAGAUUCUGCGGACGUGUUGCGCAGUAGGAUUAAGACCGAGGAGCAGGAGGACAGGUGGGAGUACUAGGUGCAGUGUCGUGCACCUAACUCUAUUUUGUGGUGGGAUCUUGGACGCUCUCCGAAAUGUGCGCCUCCCCCAGGAUGUGCAAUCAUCGAAAUCGGACUCUCGUCUCAAUUGUGAUCCUCAUUAUUUUUUAUUUGUUAUGUAAUUUUCAUAGAAGUGGAAGUCUAAAAGAAAAAAAAGAAUAAAUAACGAUGUUAUCCAUCUACUUAAGCAUUAUUAGAUUUUAAAUCUUCGACGAUCGACCACGCGUUACUCUAAACUUUAAUUUAUAUCUUAGACUAUAAGACUGUUACUGUAAUCUUAGUAGGAAACGUAACCAAAAAGUAAUAUAUUUAAGGGUCGAUUUUCUUAUCGACUGCAUAUGUGAUAAUGAGCUUGCGGAACUGUCUGACGAAUUGCGCAGUGCUCUACUUCCUUUAAUGAGCAAACCAAAAAAAGUUUAUUUUAGACUCUCAGAAUAUCAUUUCCAUGUAAUGAAGUGCAAGGAGAGGAGACUCACUCAAGCGGUCUGGGGGGUGGGGAGAAGUAAAUAAAUGAAACUGUCGUUGGUGAUGUCAAUGUUGUUACGGACAUGAUGAGUUUCAUAGUUUUCAGAAUGUUUCUGCUUUAAUUGUUGCUAUAUCGACAUUUUUUCUGUGAAAGUAAAUUUAAAUAAUGACAGAAAUAUAUACUUUGUACAUAGCAGUAGACAUAGUGAAGUCCUAUCAAUGAUAGACAUUGUUUGACUUCUAUUUCGCCGGCGUUAUUGUGCUUAAUAAAUUUACUUUUCUGACUCGAAAUGUUCCAAAUUUUGUUUCCAACUUGUGCCUCAGGUACUGAAUGUUUGUUUUGUUUACACAUGCAGAAUAUUAUGUAACUGUUUAUGCUUUAAAUCAAUUUUAAAAACUUUAACUUUUUAUAUAUAUUAUAAAUAGUUGCAUGUUCAUUGUCGUUGCUAUAUAGGAAUGAAACUCAAGUUUUUGGCAUUUUCAUUAUUCCUAGUGAUUAAAUCAUAAAGAAAAAUCAGUACCUUUAAACAGUCAUUGCUAUCCGUAAAGAAAGCAUGCAGACCGAGAAUGUACUUAGGAAACAAUUCAGUCUCAUUUCCAGAACUUUUCUUUGAGUCAUCAAAACACCUGCAAGUCCUUCUGAGAAAAAUUAAAUCUAGUCUCAAUUUCAUUACCAUUGCAUACAUUGGUAACAUGUAAAUCCCUUGGCGGUCUAAAUAACUAGUUCUCCUUCAGGCAUGAAGCCUGAUAGCAUAAUAGGGACAAUUUUGUAGUGUGCUUUGUGAUGUUUCGAUAUUUUAAUGAAAGGUUAAAGAUCUCAUACACCAAAUACUUCCUCACAGUUUUCAUAAUGUUUUUGUUAGGUUUUUACUUUAUUUUUAUAAUGUUAAUAUAUACCCAUUUCUGAUUUUUUCUCACAAGGAUCAAUAAAUUAUUUGCAGACAAGUAGAUCUUAUUGUCUAUUAAGCCAACCUUGAUUUUAUGUGAAAUAACAUACAACAGGAACCAUCCUAACACUGCAGAUUUGUUUAUUUUACAUUUGGUUUUACACUAAUUGCUUGACAUUGAUACAAAUAUCACCUGCUCCACUUUUAAUUUAUCUUGCAGUUUACAUAAACACAAAAACAUGUGUAAUUCUUCAUAUGUAGCUUACAAAUUUGAGUAAUGAAAGCCAAAAAUCUACACAGCUACAUUGUGUUUGUCAGUAUUUCAUCUUCCGUUAACUAAUAAUCACCGCACGAAUUGGCACACUAAUUACAAAAUAUUGAUUUUUCACUACAUAAGACAGAGUAAACAUCAGGGACUUGAACAAACUCACAAAUGUGAAAGAAGUCUUUCUAGACAACAUUGACUACAUGUGUUCUAUGUAACACAAAUGUACUUUUGUAAAGCAUCAGUUGAGCCAUACUAUUAGCGUCAGAAAAAAUUUAUAACAACUUUCUUUCUGUUGUUCAGGACCCUGGUAUUAAAUAUCCUGGUACUAUGUACUAUUCAUGUUUAUGUAAUAUUUAAAUAAGUUUAAAUGAUGUGUUAUAGAGUUCUAACAUUCUAUGGGAGAAAAGCCUCCAGUUUUUAAGUAUACAAAUGUAUAAAUGUAACAAAACUUAUUGCUGCAUAAUAAACUCCUGUAUCUUACCCAGAAUGCAUUACAACAUGAAUUUUAUAAGUUUCUCAUGGCAGUGUUGAUUUUAAUCACUUUCUGUCACGGUGUACUGAAUUCUGAUUCGUAGCAUGCACAUACUAGGGAAAAUCAUAAGCAUACAGCUCUAAAGUAUAAAUGAAAAAUGUAAAUUACUUUGCUAGAACUGUGUGUACAGUUAAUCAGUGUCAUUGGGUAUGAAUGUGAAUAUAAUUGUUCCAGUUAUUAUUAUAAUUUUUUAUUGUCUGGCAAAUCUAGCAAAUGAUGUACCACACUAUCUUCCGCAUGUCUCAUAUAAUGACGUUAAUACCUUAGCAGCUAUGGAACGCUGUAGAUCUGUAUUUCUUGGAAAAAAAUAACGUAAUAAUAAAAUCAGGGCAUUGGUGGUGUUUCUCAGAAGAUGAGUUCCACUACAUUUAAAUAUUCUGUUAUUGUCUCUCCCAAUCCUAGUUCACCAUAAGCACAGAACUGGAGAGCAAACAGUGGUUUAUUUUUUUGUCAAGGAAUGAGAGUUAACAAAUCAUGAAAAUAAUUUAUUACAAAGACUGGAUUUAGUGUUGUGUGGUGGUAAUUUGAAGAGUACUGAAACAGUACAUCAAGAUAUAGUGUAUGCCUACACAAACAAGAAAAUUAUUAGAAAUAAAUUUCCAGUGACACUAUCAAAGUUACCUUUUUAGUGCUAAGGAUUUUAUGUAGGUUGCACACAUACAGUGAAAACACAUGUUAAAAAGUGCCCAAAAUAUAAAUAUCAGUUUCAUUUAAUUAUCAUUAUAGCUUGCCAUUAUAUUGUACAUAUUUAUAUUCAUAUCAUUG